AUUAGACACGACGAUCGAACGUUUUAUAUCCAUCCGUCACACCGUGUCAUUACAUUUUUUCACUCUUUUCGCAUUUGCGUUUUUUUUCUUUACAAUUUUUAUUCAUUCGACCGGCGGGGGAUUCCGUCCCGUGGAAAUGACCGAACGUGUAAUUGCGCUGUCGUUUCAAUGGAACGCAACGAUGUCUGGAGGUUGAAUCGCUACGAUAACAAACUAUACAUCGCGUGUUUUUACCUCGGAAUUUAUACACGUCAAAGCGAUGGAUAAAACCCAGCUAACAAUAAGAACGACUUUGUGGAAAUCAACCGAGACAGGAACGAUGGCGGAAACAAAGAUGGAGGGUAUACCCGACAGGAUCGCGGAAACGUUGAAAGGUCGACACAUCCUGAUAACGGGGGGAACGGGAUUCUUGGGCAAAGUCAUGCUGGAAAGAUUGCUGCGUUGUAUGCCGGAUAUUGGCACGAUUCAUUUAUUGGUUAGACCAAAAAAAGGAAAAGAUCCGAAACACCGUUUGGACGAAAUAUUCAAUUCGGCGCUCUUCGAACAAGUCAAAGCUCAAAGGGGUGUGGCGGCCCUCCAUAAAUCUGUAGCGAUAAUAAAUGGAGAUGUGUCGUCGAUCGGUCUCGGUUUAUCACCGGAGGAUAGAAAAUUGUUGUGCGAUAAAAUAAGCAUCGUCUAUCACGCGGCGGCGACCGUAAGAUUCGACGAGUUGUUGAAAAGAGCUGUUCUAUUGAACACACGUGGAACAAAACUGAUGCUGGAACUUGCUAAGGAAAUGAAGCAGCUAGUUUUAUUCGCUCAUAUCAGCACCGCUUAUUGUCAUCUCGAGGAGAAGCUUUUGGGAGAGAAGCCGUACCCACCGCCCGCGGACCCCCACAAAAUAAUAAAAUGCGUCGAAUGGAUGGAGGACGAAGUUGUCGAAGCAAUGACGGAUAAAAUAUUGGGAAAUUUGCCGAACACUUACGCCUUCACGAAGGCACUUUCGGAGGGUUUGGUGGAAGAGGCGAUGCCGCACAUCCCUGCGAUAAUUCUUCGGCCGAGCAUAGUGAUCCCAGCCUGGAAGAAUCCGAUUCCCGGAUGGACGGACAACAUCAACGGGCCAACCGGUCUCCUGAUUGGCGCAGGAAAAGGCGUUAUCAGGACGAUGUACUGCAACCAAAGUAGCUACGCCGAUUACCUUCCGGUGGAUAUCGCAAUCAACGCAAUCCUGGCUUGCACAUGGAACUUCAUUUACAACAAAGAUCAUGAGAAAAGAGUCUACAAUCUCACCAGUAGCAACGAAUUUCAGGUGUCGUGGCAAGAAAUUAUCGAUCGUGGACGUCGAGCUACGGAUAAGAUACCUUUGAACGGUAUUGUCUGGUACCCGGGAGGCAGCAUGAAGAGCUCCCGUCUGUUACACAACAUUUGUGUGCUAUUCUUCCACAUGCUUCCAGCCUACUUUAUCGACGCUAUGAUUUUCCUAGCCGGACACAAACCGAUCAUGUGCAGAGUACACCGAAGGAUUCAAAAGGGCUUCGAGGUCUUUGAGUACUACGCUAACAACCAGUGGGACUUUGAGAAUGCGAAUAUACGCGAAAUAAGAGAAAAGUUCAAUCCGAGAGAACGAAUAGCUUAUUUGUUACACGGUGAUGACAUGGAUUUGGACGCUUAUUUUGAAGAUUGUAUCAAGGCAGCUAGGAUUUACAUCCUCAACGAGUCACCGGAAACUCUGCCGGCUGCCCGCAGGCACAUGAGAAUAAUGUACUGGGUGGACAUAAUCACGAAGGUCCUAUUUUUCUUGUUGCUAAUCUACACUGCGCUUUCAUGGAGUGAUAGUUUUCGCGCGUUACUUGUAGGGGGUUGGUCGUUGAUAGCUGAAGCGUUAUCUCUUUAAUUGUUCAUACACAUACCUAUGUAUAGUUUUUAUAAGUUUUCAAUACCUUUGUAUUAUAUAUCAUUGUACCAAAUAGAACAUUACAAGUCUUGACACAAAAA